UCAAAAUAGAUAAUUUUACAGCCACAAAGUGGUAUUUCUACUUUGUGAUAAAAAAAAAAUGAUAAAAUUCAAAUAUAAAUUACUACUUUAGUAUAAAAUUUUUUCAAUAUAAAUAAUAAAUUUUAAUAACAAUUUUUAAUAAAAAAUAAAUAAUAAAUAAAUAAUAAAUAUGAGUAAACCUCGUGUAUUAGUGAAAGGUUAUAAAGAAUUGCCUCAAAUUGUUAUGAAUCUUUUGAAAAGCAAAUUUAACGUAACGGCAAUUGAAUCCUAUUGCUUUACGAGGCAAGAAAUGUUAAAUAUUCUUCCCGGACACGAUGCUUUAUUAUAUCCUAGACCAUUCGUAAAAAUUGAUAGCGAAUUUCUCGAUGUUGCUGGACCGAAUUUAAAAGUAAUAUCAACUUUAUCAGUUGGCCAUGAUCAUUUAGACGUGGAUGAAAUUAAAAAACGUGGAAUUAAAAUUGGAUAUUGUCCCAAUGCAUCAACAGCUGCAGUUGCUGAAAUUGCUGUAAUGUUAAUUUUAUGUGCAUCAAGAAGAGCCCACGAAGGACGAUUAAAAUUAGAGCAGGCUGAUAUUUUUCCAACUUUUCAAUGGAUGGUCGGAUUCGAUCUUCGAGGAUCGACAGUUGGAAUUGUUGGAUUAGGAAAUAUUGGCCAGGAAGUGAUAAAACGAUUGCAAGGCUUUCAAGUUGGUAAAUUCCUUUACACGGGACAUUCCAGAAAAGCAGAAGGUGAAAAACUUGGAGCACAAUUUAUGUCCCUCGAUGAACUUCUUUAUGAAAGUGAUGUUAUUGUUGUUGCGACUCCAUUAAAUUCCGAAACAUUGGAAAUGUUUGAUGACAAAAUGUUUGCGAAGAUGAAGAAAAAUGCCGUCUUCGUUAAUGUUGGUAGGGGAAAAGUGGUAAAAACUGAGGCACUUGUUAGAGCGCUUAAAAAUAAAAUUAUUUUCGCCGCUGGACUCGAUGUUACAGAUCCUGAACCAUUACCACCCGAUCAUGAUCUUCUCAAAUUUCCCAACGCUGUUAUUCUUCCACAUUUGGGAAGUGCGACUGUAAAAACUAGAGAAGAAAUGUCAAUGAUUGCUGCUGAAAAUAUUAUUAACGCUCUAGAAGGAAAACCCAUGCCAUUUGCCUUGUAAAUUAUAAUUGAACUUAAUUUUUUCUUUAUUAUUAUAUCAUUUCAUUAAAAAAAUUUUUUUUAUUUAAUUUCCGAUAAAAACAAGUCGUUGGAAUUAAAUAUGUGUAUAAAUAUUUAAAUUUUUGACUUCUGUAAAAGUCUGUAUAUAUUAAAAACAAGAUCUUAUAUACAGAUUA